ACCACCAAGCCUCAUCACCACCGUCGGGUUGAGCUUGAUCCAUCGAAAUCCAACCGUCGGAUCACGUCCCCGUUUCUAUAUAUAAGACCCCACCUCCGCUGCCAACAGACGCAAACCUCAACCUAGCGAUUUUGCGAUAGAGAGAGAAAGGGAGAGAGUUUUAGAAACAAUGGCGGCAACAGUGUCUCCGUGGGGGAAGGCCGGCGCGUGGGCCCUAGAUUCAGAGGAGCAUGAAGACGAGCUUCUACAACAGCAACAAGAUGAUAAAGUUAAUGGAGAAUUUUCCGGCGGUGAGGGACGGCAGGCGCCGGAGGCUUCGGCGGAUUUUCCGACUUUGGCAACGGCGGCCGCUACGAAAUCCAAGAAGAAGAAAGGUCAGACCUUGUCGCUGUCGGAGUUUUCGGCCUUCGGCGCUGGGAAAUCGGCUCAGCCAAGCCAAACCAAGGGGCUGACUCAUGAGGAUUUGAUGAUGCUGCCUACUGGGCCGCGGCAGCGGAGCGCGGAGGAGCUGGACCGUGGCCGACUCGGCGGAGGGUUCAGGUCGUACGGUUCGAAUGGUUCGUAUGAAGGCGGGCGGAGUCGGUAUGGGGGCGGCGAGGAUUCGGCGAACCCUAGAUGGGGUUCUAGGGGUUCGGAGGAGAGGAGACAGGGAGGCUUUGGGAGGGAUUCGAGCAGGGAAUUGGCGCCUUCUAGGGCUGAUGAGAUCGACGAUUGGGGUGCGGCGAAGAAAUCGACGGUGGGCAAUGGGUUUGAGAGGAGGGAUAGAGGAGGGUUCUUUGAUUCGCAGUCUCGAGCAGAUGAAUCGGCCAGUUGGGUGUCGAAUAAAAGCUUCACUCCGUCGGAGGGACGAAGAUUUGGCGGCGGCGGCGGCUUUGAGAGUCUCAGAGAGAGAAGAGGGGGUUUCGAUUCUGCCUCGGAUGGUGGUGGUGGUGCUGAUUCCGAGUCCUGGGGACGGAAAAAGGAAGAGGGGAGUGGGAAUGCUAAUGGCAGUGCGGGAUCGAGGCCAAAGCUUAUUUUGCAGCCUCGGACAGUGCCGGUGAACGAUGGACAACAACCAGGGUCUGGGUCGGUUGCGAAGCCCAAGGGUCCAAAUCCUUUUGGAGAGGCCCGGCCGAGGGAGGAGGUAUUGGCUGAGAAAGGGCAGGAUUGGAAGGAAAUUGAGGAGAAGCUGGAGUCUGUGAAGCUUAAGGACGUGGGUUCACCAGGCGUGGGGCAAACAGAUGGGCCAUCGUUUGGGAAGAGGAGUUUUGGAAGUGGUAAUGCGAGGGCGAGUUUGCCUGAAAGUAGGACUGAGAAGAGUUGGAGGAAGCCAGAAUCUGAAGAUGUGAGAGCUGCGAAAACUGAGGAUGAACAUGAAGAGAAAACUCAAGAUUGAGAUGCAUGCUGAUGGUUGACAGGAACAUUUCAAAAAAAGAAAAAAGAAAAAAAAGAAAAGAAAGAAAAGUAUCAACCUAUUAAAGACUAAGAUGUUGAAUUGAUGAGAUUAUAUUGGUUUCUUUGUUUUCUUUUCUGUGUUUUGCCCUAACUGUUAUUUCUAUGAUGCAGUAUGGAGACAAUUUUGGUAGGCAUUCUCAGUAGUUGCAGUGUUUAGGCCUAAAUGGCUUUUGUUUGUAAUGGAUAUCGCCACACAGGAUUCUGUGCUAUUUCUAUUAUUAUUUUUGACAUCGAAUUCUUUCUCUUAUGUUGACCCGAGUGCAGAUUUUGGAAUCUAUAAAUUUGUGACAAAUAAAUAAGAGACUUUACCUUGUGUAUUG